GCCACGUUAACGCCACUGCGGCUACUAAGUCAUCCACAGAUAGUGGAUGGCCUGCGUAUCAUCCUUAUUGGCGCUAGUUUGGAAACUACACGCCGUUUGUGCACAUGGGUUUACUACAAAUUCCAAGGUAUAUUCUAUCAAACUGUACGGAUAGAUAAUCAACCAAUGAUUGAUUGGUUGGAUUGUUGGCUUCUCAGUAAGGAUAGCUGGAAAGAUUGCCAUGAUGUUACUGCAUCGAAGAAUGCAGGAGACGACAGCUUAAUAUUCAGUGCAAGUGCCGGUAUAGAUCGCUGGAUAAACUACAAAGGGAAAUGGCUCAAGUUUGUGCGGGAUCAACGUGAAAUUAACUCUUACAAUGGUCCAUCUACAAAAGAAUCGCUUACUGUUUCACUCUUCGGAUUCACAUGGGAGCCCGUCAAACAUGUAAUAAGAGAAGCACGUGAAUUAUACAAGACCAAGCAUAUGUAUUCAACACAGGUCUUAUUAGGCGAUCAGUACGGCAACUGGAAUCAACUCACUACGAAAAGUCAUAGACCUUGGCAUAGUUUCUUCCUUCCUGGACACACUAAGGACUUUUUGCUCAAUGAUGCGAAGGAAUUUAUGAGUAGCGAGGAGUGGUUUGCAAAUCGUGGUAUUCCUUUCAGGAGGGGAUACCUCCUCUAUGGUAUACCAGGCACAGGAAAAAGUACAACAGUCCACGCACUUGCUUCUGAGCUCAAUUUACCUAUCUACAUUCUGAUGCUCUCACUCAAUCUUGAUGAUAGCAGUUUAGCAGACAUGAUGCGAUACUUACCUUCCCAUUGCGUUCUUCUGCUGGAAGAUAUAGAUGUGGCAUUUAAAUCUCGUGUUGAUAACGGUAAUGAGAGGAAAGAAAACGAAAGUAGCGUUACACUCUCUGGUUUACUAAACGCGAUAGAUGGACUUGCUGCACCAGAAGGAAGGCUGCUCUUUGCUACAACAAACCACGUCGAGAAGCUCGAUCCUGCAUUGAUACGUCCUGGAAGAAUAGACGUAAAGGUUGAGUUCAAGGCUAUUGAAUACACCGAAGCCAGGGCUUUAUUUAUCAAUUUUCAUUCAAAUACUGAAAAAUUAGCAGAUGAAUUCGCUGCUACAGUUAGCAAAUACGUUGUAACCCCAUCGCAAUUGCAGGCAUAUCUGUUAUUCCACAAAUCAAAUCCAGCUGGUGCUGUAAAGAACUUGCAAAAGUGGAUAGAAGAAGAAAAUGUUC